CAGGCAGGAUGCUUCAUGAAUGGUGAAGCAGGUCUGCAGGUGUCUAUUUUCCUCUCCCUCCCCUCUUCUUCCUUCCCUCAAUUUCUACCUGUCCUAGCUAAUAAAAAAUAGAAAGAAAAAAAGGGGGGGAGGAAUUGCCAGCAGAAACAGUAUUUGUACUGCUGGCACUGAGCCCCAGCAAUAACCUGGGUGGCAGUAGAUAAUUUAAAAAAAAAAAAAGGAGAAAGAUUUAUGUGUUCAUUAGUGAGAGAUAGGAGGCUAUGCCAAAGCGUCCCUUUGGUGUAUGCACUGAGGAUCAAACUCAGGAAUUCCUGACCUAGACUCCGACACUGUCCACUGUACCACCUACCUCCCAGGCUGCAACAACCAAUCCCUUUGAAAUUGAGCCCGAGGCUCCAUCUUUGUGACUCAGAGUUAUUCCUUGUUGUGUGACACCAGAUACUCCUCCAUUUGCAUGUUACCAGAGGGCUUCUGGAUUCAGACCAUAGACAAAAAUGUGACGAUCCUUACCCUCUCUGAAGUGGACAGAAUACACGCUGGGAGAGCCAGAGAAUCCAUGACACUACCGUAUACCAUUCGCAGUCGGAAGACGAGAGUCACAGGUACAGUGAAGCAGGAGGAGGGGCAUUGGUCCAUAGAGACACUUCAAAUUAGAAAGGACUUUGUGUAUCCUCACUCAGGAGCAACUGAGAUCAGAUUGACCUGAUAUGGCAGGAUUCCUGGAAUCCUUAUUUCUGGCUCUGACCGUCAUUUUCUUCAUCCUGGGAAUGCUGGGAAAUGGUUUCAUCGGGUUGGUCAAUGGCAGCCGCUGGGUAAAGAGCAAGAGGAUCUCUUUGUCUGACUUCAUUAUCACGGCCCUAACUCUCUCUAGGGUCAUCCUGCUGUGGAUUCUCUUGGCCGAUAGCACUUUAAUAGUGUUCUUUUACAGAGUACACAAUGAUGGUAUGGGAAUGAAAAUUAUCGACAUUUCCUGGACCUUUAUAAACCACCUGAGCAUUUGGCUGGUUACCAGUCUCAGUGUCCUUUACUGCUUGAAAAUUGCCAGUUUCUCGCAUCCCAUGUUCCUCUGGCUCAAGUGGAGGGUGUCCCGGGUGGUGGUGUGGAUGCUGCUGGGUGCGCUGCUCCUGUCCUGUGGCAGCACCAUGUCUCUGGUCCGUGAAUUUGAGUUCUACUCUCUAUUCUAUGGAUUCAACGGUACUGAGGAUCCAGCGGAACACCUUAGAAAGAAGACUGACUAUGAAGUGACCCAUACGCUGGGGAUCCUAUGGGAUCUCUUUCCCUUCAUCGUGUCUCUGGCCUCUAACACUCUGCUCAUCCUCUCCCUGAGAAGACACACACGCCAGAUGCAGCAGAAUGGAAGCUGCUCCAGAGACACAACGACCGAGGCCCACCAGAGGGCCAUCAGAAUCAUCCUCUCCUAUCUCCUUCUCUUCCUGUUUUACUAUCUAGCCUUUCUAAUUACCUACUGCAGCCGUUUCCUACCAGAAACGAAGAUGAUCAAGAUGUUUGGAGAAGCAGUCACAUUGCUUUAUCCCGCUGGCCACUCAUUCAUUCUCAUUAUGGGAAACAAGAAACUGAAGCAGAUGUUUGUACAGAUACUCAGGUGUCAGCCUGGUCAUCUGAAACCUGGACCCAAGGGCACCGUGGACUCCCUGAAGUGACGGAGGGCGCAGGAGGGGCCCUUGGGCGUCCUUAGACUGACUCAAGUCUGCAGGGCUCCUCUUGAUCUUGUUUAUGUCUUCUCACUCCAGCAGGAGGUAGACCCCACUCAUUUGCUUUGCCCCCACAUGGGGGCACUUCUCCUGGUGUCUCUUUGUAGAGUUGUGAAGGAGAAGGAGAGACAGUCUUGGAAUAUUUCAAUCAAUAGUAAGAUCAGUGUGCAGAGACAUGCACUGUGCUUUGCUGAGCUUCUCUGUAUGCUUUCAGUUUUAGUAUCUGUACUGCCCGAAGUGAGCACUGUCUAGUAUCUUAAUAUCUAUCAGCUCGGCUUCUAUGUAGUAACUUAUAGUUUAGAAUGAUCUAUAAGCUGUGUAAAUA